GCCCGAUUGCCGGAUAUGCGGAUGCCCGACUUCGAAACCAAAACGUAGUGGUCUAGUGGUUAUAUACUUUUUGUUCGAAACUUCUACGACUACAACGGAGUUAUUUGAAAAAAGAAAAUAUUUGGAAAAUAAAAUAGUACAUAUGUUUUCUAAGUUAAAAUAGAGCCACUAUGGUUUAUGAAAAGUUUUAAAAGCAAGGUUAUUUUAUGAAGUAAACUUCCUCAGCUUACCAGAACCUGCCUUACCUGCGUUGGUGUAGAGUCCGACCCGGGCGACUGUUUAACCGACUCUAACGAAGACUAUACAGAUAUGAGUACUGAUGGUUCAAACUCCAGUUGUAGCAGCGAUGUUGAAUCAAAUCAGAAUGGCCCCUCCAAUACCAAGCAACCCAGGAAAAAGGUAACAAUGAGUAUGCAAGAUAUUUUGAGAGAAAUGGUGAGAAAAAGGAUGCUACUGGAUGAACAGGAGAUGGUAUUAACUUAUGUAGCUGAGGAUGUUGAUAAUGAUUAUGAAAAAAAUACAGUUUUAGAUGUCCUUGACCAUCCUACCGACAACCUUAAAUUAUUCACUAGUUUUUUACAUUCCUAUUCGCCUGCAGCCUAUCAAUAUAUUAGAGAAAAUUAUAAUUCACCCCUGCCUAGCAUGAAAGUGUUAGGUAGUUGGCUUGAAAAUGACAAGUUUAAGCCAGGAUUUACUAAGCAAGCUUUUGAAAUAUUGGAAAAGAGAGGUGUCCAAAAUGGCAAGAGACAAAUUUUCUCACUUGUUGCUGAUCAUCUCCAAAUGUUUGUCCGAAAUCAAUCUGUGAAUGUUGAUGUUGGCGCUGGCCAUUUAGAUGGUGAUUUUGAUGAUGAAACUGAAGGAAGGGAAGCAUAUGUAAUAUUGCUUGUAAGCCUAGAGGAAAACUGGAAAAUUCCUGUGUGCUAUUUAAUGUCUGAUAAUACUUUAAACUCUAAGGCUCAGGCAAAUUUUAUCAUGAUGUGUUUGCACCGCAGUUAUGAGGUUGGUGUUGAUAUUGUCUCCAUUACAACAACUACAAGUGUAGCAAAAGCUCUAGGUGGCCAGCUUGAUAGUCAUAGGAAAUUGAAAACCACCUUCAAACAUCCAGUAUCAGGAGAUACAGUGAUGUUGUUUGUCGACCCAACCCUGAGUCUUAGAAGCCUUUAUCACACAAUUUGUUCAAAAAAAGUUUUUUUUAAUGGAAAAAAGAGAAAAAUAUGUCAAGACUUCAUUGAACAGCUGGGUAAAAUUCUUUCAAACAAAACAUUCCAGUUUAAUUUCUCAAGUGACAUGCUAGACUUGAGGAAUAUGCUUUUGAAGAUUGACCUCAUCUCUGAACUGAUGUUGCCAAGCCUAGGCACUGCACUAGAAAUUUGCAUGAAUAGAUUAAAGCUCCCGAACUUUGCUGGCUCUGGACCAACAAUAGAAUACAUCACCAUGAUCAACACUUUGUAUUACAUUUUGUUUUCAAAAGUGGGUCAAUCUGGCUAUAAACAACCAAUUUGUCAAGAAAAUGGAAAGGAAAUUAUUGAGUUUCUGGAUGAGGCAAAGAAAUACAUUUCUUCAAUUACCUAUGAAAAAAAAGGAAUAGGAAAACAGCUUGCUGUGGAAGACACUGAUUUCCUUGCAGAAGGAUUUAAAGGCUUGUUGAUUAGCAUUGAAAGCCUGAAACAUUUAUACAACUAUUUAGUGGCAAAAGGGAUUAUAAACUGCAUUCCUGCUCAUCGGCUCAGCUGGGAUCAAAUGGAUGAAUUCUUUGCAAUUGUUCGCAAACUCAAUCCUCGUGAGGAUGCCAGUAAAUUUAAAAAAAUAUAUAAGAGAUUCUUUGAUGAUUUAAAGUCUACUUUAACAGGCUGUAUUCAAAUUGAGAGCUCCCCAGCAAACCUUUCAAAAACUCUUAAAGUAUCUCUGGACGCCAUAAAAAAAACGAGCGGCAAACGCGCUUUUGACGAGAUAUAUUCGGUUGUAAAAGAAAGGCCACGCAAAACUGAAGACGACCAGCGGGCACUCGCGAAUACUACCAAAUUCGUUAAACUUUUAGAUAAGGAACAUGACAAGAUGGAGAAAUUCCUGAUGGUUGGCUACAUAGCUGGUUAUAUGGCUGUUGAUUUAGCAAAAAGCCUGAGAUGCGAAGAAUGCAUAGACGGAUUGGUCAUGAAUGAGAAACUUUGGUUCCAUAAGUACAUAACUUCAAAAGAGUUAAAGGGAGUCUGCCUGCCAAGUGAAGAGCUGUUUAGAAUUUGUUGGGAAUGUGAACAAUCAUUGUGUAUUAAAAUGAAUACCUCAGUGCAGCGGCGUCUCUUGUCUCGAGCGCUUAGACUGCCACCGGCAACUCAUUGUAUCCACCAUGUCUACCUGACGAAAGCUGUCAUGGCCAAGUUCUUACAUUUCCGUCGUGGCCAAGACGAACCGCGCAAGACAAGGUCAGGAGGACUGGGCAACAAUCUUUUGAAUAUGUGGUGGCGAAUGUAACGUAAAAUGGUUGCCUUGCGAAUUUAAAUUUUUAGAUUAUGCACAAACUGGUUCUUGAUAAUGCAUAGGUACACCUACCUACAGUUAAAUUUGCACAUUCGUAGGUACAUUACGAUAAACUUUUUACUGUUUGUAUUUUGGACAUGCGUUAGUUUUAGUUUCUUCUCUUUAUUUGUUUCUAUCUGACACGAAGUAAAAAUAAUAGUCCAAAUUGUCCAGUACUUUUGGGGCACAGUUAAUGAAAGUUCAUAAGUUAGUGUUGCCAUCUAUGUAUAUGAUCUACUAGAAACUACAUAAUAAUAUCAGUAAAACUAAACUUAUUAUGUAGUUGUUAUUAUUUACUUGUCUUUUAUUAAUUAUUUAAGAUGAAUAACUAAAACAAGUGCUUAUCAAAAUUGGUACCAGGUAGUUAGGUAGGUAAAUAUAUUUAAAUUGAUAAGAUCCUACCUAUCAUCUCGUAAGUAUUAUUAAAAUAUACUGUAUCACAGGUAGUGAUAGUAAGUAAGAAAUAAGUACUCUGAGACCGCAUGGAUUUUACUCUUUAAAAAAUAUCACAUAUGUACAGAUGUAGUGCAUAAUUGUUUUCCCUCGUAUUUUCUCGGUUUGUGUACUUUAUGUACCGAAACUGACUGAAAUAGCAAGACACGUUCGUACGUUUCCGUGAAAAUACAAUGGAAAAUAAUAAUGCACUAGAUCUGUAUACUCGACACGAUUGUUGAAAUCGAAAUAUGACAGAAUGAUACACGUAGUACUUAAUGUUUCUCAUUUUCCGCUACUAAACCGUAUCGUGUCGUGUCGGCUCCGACCAUCCGGUAUUCCUUAACCCUUCGUAUGCCCCUGUCAAAAAAUUGCUACUGUUAUUAAUUACUGAAAUUAUUUUAUAAAUACAGUCCAAAUUGUCUGGUACGAAUUUAGAUUAGAACUAAGAUUUAAAGAAUGUUGUUUCGUUGCACUUCGGAUAGGUACUAUUUUCAAAGUAAAAAAAAAUGUGAUCUGAAAAAGCUGAUAAGCUGUGAUUUUAGUGAUUUUAAACGAAUAAGGUUUGUACGUUUGCACAUAUGCAUUUAUCGCUACUCGGGUUAUUAGAACUACCUUUUCGUCUGACACUGCACUGCUAAGAGGGACGGGGAAAUAACAUACAUAUAAUUUGACCUGUCCUUCUCAGCAGUUAAGUAGUAGCCGACAAAAAUGUAGAUGUAAUAAAAUAACCCUUUAUAUUUAUCGGUGUCGGCUCCGGUUCGUUGACGAGUCAGAUAAUGUAAAACCGUAUGAAGAUUUAUAGAACUGAAUAGUCUGAAUAUGUUAUUGUUUCUUUACACUUAAGUAGAUUACUGUUUUCUAAGAAAACAAUAAUUAAACCGAUUUGAAGAAGUGCAUGCUGUGAUUGUAAACUUUAAAAUAGUUUAAACCAUGGUAUAAUAAUAUACUCCGCCUGGUACUCUCUUCCGAGACUCGCGAACCACGUGACUGACACAAGCCUACGUCAUCAUGCUGUUCACAGGUUCACGAUAUAUUAUACCAUGGUUUAAACGAUAAGGGCUUUGAUAGUAUUCUAAGUACGUAUAUGCUAGCAUUGUAGGUGUCAGAUGUGUAUCAUUUAUUUGUGUUAUAAGGAAAAUAGUUGAUUUAUGAUCAAUACAAUUGAAAAUUAAUCAUUAUUUGUACCUACCAGAAGUUGGUUUUAUGUUGCUUCAAGUUUUUAAUAGUAAGUUAACUCUUAGUUAUUUUUUUCUAAGAAACCAUACAUUAUAGUUACCUGUUGUUGGCUACUCUGUAUUUUUCCAUUAAAAAACAAAAAUACCUUAC